UGAUGGAGUAGCACAUGCUUUCCUGCGCUGUCGCUACCGAUGCGUUCUUUUGAAGUACCGCACAUUAUUUGAUGCAAAAGCAUAGAUCUGUUAUUUAAUGUCAUGGCAUCUGAUGAAGGAUCACUGAGAUCUCUUGAGGCUCUUAUGUCCGAAUUCUUUGAUGGAAGAACUACAAACCAAAGAAAGAGAGAAAUUGAGGAUGUCUUGAACAACUUCAGUCAAACUCAGGAUGCCUGGAAACAUUCCUUGUACUACCUGGCUCACACUGAAAACCAGUAUGUUCUCAUGUACUGUAUGACCGUGGUUGAGAAUCUGAUCAACAAGCGCUGGGUUGGAUUUGAUGGACAAGAUAAGCUGGAGAUUAGAACUACACUGAACCAGUUUUUGUUAUCUCAACACAAGAGGGUGCCAUCCUACAUCCGUAACAAACUGGUCAAGUUGGUAGUGGACAUUGGCAGAAUUGACUGGCCUCAUUUCUACCCAAGUUUUUUCAUGAAUAUUCUUCAGCUUGUCCAGCAGCCUGAUAGUGUAGAGCUGGGGGUGGUGUUGUUACAAACCACCUCUGAGGAGCUUGCCGCACCCAGGGAGGACCUCAGUGUCGACAGGAAAGAGGAACUGAGGAGGCUCUUGCUGGCUCAGAUACCCACAGUCCUCGAUAUACUCAACAGUAUAUUGGAAUCUGUGUUGGAGAAGCACCGUCACCUGGUAGCAGCUACCCCACCCCCAUCCCCCACCCAUGGCUCAGAUAGGUCCACACCCAGGCAGAACUCCAUGCCUCUGUUUGCUAACUCAUCACUGGCAUCAGGUGACUUGCUCAGCAACAUGUUCACCUCCCCAGGGCGUGGUAUACAGUACGAGGCUCUCCCGCCCCUGGACACAGAGUCCCACAAGCUGUGUGUGCUCACCCUUAAUUGCCUGUCCCAUUACUUCAGCUGGAUCCCUCUGUCUACCACCAUCACCCCAGCCUUACUCAGCACCAUAUUCCAUUUUGCCGCAUUUGGCUGUGAGGUCUCACAUGCUAGCCGCCAGUCCAGCCCUAACAGUAGCUUCAGUAUGGAGACUCAGGGGUUAGGGGUACUGGCUAUGAACUGUGUAAAUGAGCUAUUGGCGAAGAACUGUGUUCCCCAGGAGUUUGAGGAUUUCUUGUUACAGAUGUUCCAGCAGACGUUCUGCCUGUUACAGAGACUGACCAAGGAAAGUAAUACGAACGCCAGCGGUAACCGGCUGGCAGAACUGGAUGAAACAUACAUUGAGAAGUUCACAGAGUUCUUACGACUGUUUGUCAGUGUUCAUCUGAAGAGAUGUGAAAGUAAUGAUCACUUCCCUGUGUUGGAACUGUUAGCUUUGAUGUUUAAGUACACUCUGAAACAGCCAACACUGGAUGGAUUUUAUAACUGCCUGGACAUAUGGAGCACAUUUCUGGAUUAUUUACAUACUAAGAUGAAUGGCAGGAGUAUGGACAGUGAACAGGUGUUGUCCAAAUACAAGGAAGCCCUGCACACACUAGUGAGCCAUAUCCUACAGAAGAUGCAGUUCAGAUAUAAUCAGACAUUUCUGGAGGAGUUGGAUGAUGAUACUCUGGAUGAUGAUGGUCAGACAGAGUGGCAGCAGUACUUGAGACAUUGUCUAGAGGUGGUUGCUAAGGCAGCUGAAUUAAAUAUCUCGGAUAUAUUUGGUAUUUUGUACACCCCGUUCCAGGAGUACUUAGAGAUCUACAUGGGGCUAGAGCAGUUUGUAGCCAGCACUCCACAAGGGAGACAACUCAGUAUCACUGGUGAAAAUGAGUGUCGGAGGCUACACUGCACAUUACGAGACCUCUCGUCGUUACUACAGGCCCUGGGCCGACUAUCUGAUCACUUUGUUGGGGGAUCCUUUGUGGAACGGUUUAGUGACGCACAAAUAUUGUUAAACAGGCUUGUCCAUACUGUAGUCUAUUGUUCCAAGGUGAAAUUAUAUGAGGUUACAUCCGUGGCUCAGUCUGUCCUAGGAGCUGAUUUCAUAGAAGUCCAUGCCCAGGCACUGGCAGCCAUCAAAGCGUACGCCACCUGGCUGUCCCAGUAUUACCUGCAGUCUCACAGAGAGAAGGAGCAGCUGGAGAAGUGCGAGGUUAUCAUCACCACUCUGGUGGAGGCCACAACACCGCUAAUUUCUAAACAGGUGCCUGAGAAGAUUGUCCACUCAGCCUGUCACCUGCUGGUCUCCUUGAUGACCACAGUCCGGCCGUCCCACCUUCUCCAGCUACCCUCUAUACAGGGCCUCUACAACCUGGCCAGUCAGGGGCAGUUCUCACAACUCUCCACUGAGGCCCAGUUGUUACUCUACCGGUCAUUGUCCCACUAUCUAUUGCUCCCCUGGCCCUCAUUGACUGAGGGUGAGCAGAACUGGACACAUAGAGCUGACCAUCACCAUCAGUUUAUACAUCAGCUGACCACUCAGUACAAACAGCUGACAGACACUCCCACACUGUCACAGGACACUCAGCUGCAGGGUCAAGCCAAGCCAUUAAUCAAGAAGAGCCUACAAGUGAUGAAGGACUUGGUGGAAUCUAUAGCAGGGGAGACUGUUAAGAGCAAACAGAUAUGUUUCCAGUCCAUGCAGGAUUUGGUCUCGGGAACUCUUGUGCUCUUCCCGAUCUAUAUUCAUCAACCAGACGUUACUGAUGACAUUCUGGGCUUUUUCUUGGCACUGUUCCAAGGCCUGCGGGUACAGAUGGGGAUACCGUUCACAGAGAAGACAAUACAGACCUUCCUAAGCCUCUUCUCCAGCGAUCAGUUGACAGAGACCAUUCUACAUGAGAGUAGUGCUGGAACUCAGGUCGUGGAAAAGUUUUUGAAAAUCCUGGAGGUAAUUGUCCUUGAGCCUGGCCAUGCCUUCAAAGCCUUCCUUCCCAGUAUAAUCAGUAUCUGUAUGGAACAGAUCUACCCCAUCAUUGCUGAGCGGCCCUCACCAGAUAUCAAGGCAACAUUGUACAUGCUCCUCUACCAAAUCCUGACCAACAACUGGCGCUAUUUCUUCAAAGGGACUGUACUCUCCCUGCUCCAAACCAAAGUCGAAAAAGUGGAACAUCAGCCUCAGUUUGAGGCCAUCAUGCAGUCUUUUGGGCAGUCCUUUCUACAACCAGAUAUUGCUAUAUUCAAGCAAAAUUUGGAAAGCUUGGAAAAUCUUAAUGAGAAGUGGAAACUGUAUCAAAAGAAAUUAUUCCGUGAACAGAUGCUGUCGCAGUUCCUUAGUGUAUUAAUCCAAGUUCUCAUCCAUAAGUCACAUGACCUGUUGCAAGAGGAAAUAACCAUGACAGUCUACAAUAUGGCUGCUGUAGAUUUCACUGGUUUCUACGACAGCUUUUUAACACAGUUUUUGUCAAUCUGUGAUAAUCUGGAUUCAAAUCAGAGAACCGUUUUGUCCCAAAACUUCAAAAUUGUACAGGAUCUUCCUUCCUUUUCUCAAAAUCUAACCCGGUUUGUCAAUGAUCUGCGGUAUUACCGUCUGUUGAACACAAGUUUACCUGCUGGAUCUGUGACAUUUUAGCUGAAUUCUUAUGUCGUCAUAGAAACAAAUGCAUGGUGAAUAAAUCUAUGA